CCAAUUUUGCUCCACGACAAUGCACCCCCUCACACUCCCCAAGCUACUGUCCAAAAGUUGCAAAGCCUGAACUAUGAGAUUUUGCAACAUCCUCCCUAUUCUCCUGAUAUCUCUCCUACUGAUUACUUAUUUAAGCAUUUUGAGCUUUUCCUAAGCAAUAAAACAUUCUUAAAUAGAGAAGAGAUAAUUGAAGCAUUCGGACAGUUUAUCACACCAAAAGUUGGAAUUUUGUUUUUAAAGAUGGAAUAUAUGACAGAGAAACGCAUGGAUCAUGCUUUGAUUAAAUAAAUCAGUUCUCUAACACUUCUGAAACAUUUUAUUGUUACCUUUCAAAUACGACAUUUCAUGUGAAACAACCUAAUAUUUUGCAUUACUAUUACUUUAACAGCAAUUACCUUCCUUCAGAAGAACCUGGAAAAAGUUGUAGAAAAUCUCUUGGCUUGGGACUAAAGUAGGCGAUUGCAAUAGUGAAGGGCGACAAAUUAGUAGAGCAUUCGUAGCAUAAUGGCAAAUUUCGUUCGGUCUCUGCUGCGUUAUAUUGGCGACAGGGUAGCUUUUAAUAUUUUCGAAAAAUUAAGUAGCGAGCUGGCAGAAUCGUUUGCAAGUCGAGCAAAAUGCCGAAAGAAUAAGUACUAGGCUUACAAAGAAUCAGUCCUGGGGUCGAUUUCUUCGACUAAAGGCGGUGCUCCAGCAUGGCUGCAGUCAAAUGACUGAAGCAAAUAAAAAGAAUAGCCUUGCCGAGAAGUACGUUCCAAUUUUCGGGAAAUUUGCGAAGAUAAUUGAAAUACCAGUUUUAAGCUCAUUAACCUCAUACCAGUUUCCGCUUAACACGACCGGAUUUUCACGAAAUAUAGCCGCUUAUCGAAAACGAUGCACAGUUUUAAUUUCGCGGGAAAUAGCAUUACGGACAUUUGUGUUGAAAGAACUUGUGGAUGCUGUGUAAUGGAUUUGUGGGAAGUAUGUCCGCAGAUGGUUUGUAUGAACAAAGGAGGCACAUUCUACGAUGGUUAUAUCGGUGUUAUGAAUCAGAAUUUCCGCAUGUCUCUCACACUACCCCCUGAUGGUUCUCUCCAGGAAGCUGAGAUAAAGUUUCAGCCUGAUCUUUACUAUCUUUUAAUUGAGCACCAACCAUUGAUCAAACAGCGUCUCAGUCAGUGCCCAAAUGUUACAGCUUUUCUACAGGAAUUGAAAGUUCUUCUUGAAAAAGUUGUUGAAAAACCUAACAGAUCAUCAGAACAAUUUUUCCGAGUACCGAAUCGAUUGCUUAAUGAGUUGAAGCAACUUGGCUGGGAUAAAUUGGUUUACAUUGGUCCUGCUUUUAAAAAACUGCAUCUCAGCAAGCAAGACGAAGAAGGGCGCACUCAUAUAUUGAAGAUACAACUUCAUGCUGAACACCCUCGGGUACAACCUACCUGUGUUACUGACCUUCCAAAAAUGUUUAAAUACACCUGGAAUCCAAACAGUAAACUGUUUGAUCUUUACGCCCAGUUUGAAAGAGUUAUCCAGUCUUAUCAGAUGUUCUGGAAUGCUAUGGAAGAAAUUGACCAAAAAACAUGGGUUCUGGAACCCGAGAAGCCUACAUAUAGUGCUACGUUUCGAAGAAUAGCGUUAAGUCCAAAUUCAUCUCUCCAGGUAAUAUUUGAUCCUGACGAACCCCAGAACUUCGUUCAGUGUCACUUCAUUGGCGCUGAGAGCGUGGUCGAUCCACUUAAGAAAAAUCUAAACGCGAAUCUCCAGAAAUGGGACAUGGGUAUAAAUGUUCUUCAGAAUCUUGAAAAUUUACUGGAGAUUGAUUUUCCUUCUCCGGCUUUCACGAAGAAGGAAGAAUUUCUUGGGGAAUGCGGUAUUUGUUAUUCAUAUCGACUUGGCAUGGAACUGCCAUGUAAAGUGUGUGAAAGUGCCCAGUGUGGUCAACCAUAUCAUCAGUCAUGCCUCUAUGAAUGGUUAAAAACUCUACCAUCUAGUCGUUAUAGUUACAAUAUGGUGUUUGGGGAAUGCCCAAUAUGCUUGAAACCUUUAUCAGUUACUAUUACUACAUCUGCAGAUUAAAGUGUUUGUAAUAAUGGUAACACAAAUGUUUAUCAUUAUUCCUAUGAUGUUAUUGUUGGAUUUUAUUUUCUAAAUGGCUUCUCAGAAGUUAUCAUAAAUCCUUUCAAAUACUUUAAUUUAACGGUUAUUUAUAUAUAAUCGCAUCUGUUUCCCAUGGUGGCAUAGGUUGGAUGGUUUGACAGAACCUGGUUUGCUGUAGGGCUGUGCUGAUCUCUAGUGUCAGCUUUUCGCAUAAUUUCUAUGGCUGGAUGCCCUUCUCAAUGCCAAUCACAUUACAGUGUGUUCCAGGUGCUUUUUCAUAUGACUGGCCCUCCAAAAGUCACCAAGUAACUUACAAGUCAAGUAAAGAAUGGGAAAACAGGAAAAAUCAAAAAAAAAAAAAAAAAAAAAAAAAAAAAAAGCCCCUCUCAAUAAGAGUGGGGAAUAUUUGAAAGGUGGGGAGGUGGCCUUAUGCCAGCUGUAAGGAGGUUGAAGUGUGAUAGCGGUACAAGCACAGUUGUCUUGUUAUAGUAAAGAGAUGCAUGGCUACCCCACACUAUAUAAGGAGGGGUGGGAGUAGCUAGGGAGAAGAUAGAGAUGGUGGUGAUGAGAUGCCAGGACACCUCAAGACACAAGAAGCUUUGCUGUUGUUAACCACUGAACUAUGAAGUAAGUGUGGAAGCUGUUGUCAGUCAAGCAGACUGAGUCAAAGAGUGUUAUAUAUAUAUUCCUGAAGGGCAUAUCAUAAUGGUUGUGUUGGGUGGACACAUGAGCAAAUGAUCAGAAAUCCAAACCCACAGAAUUCCCUGCUAGUAUGUCUCAUUACAAUACCAUUACAAUUUACAAUACAAUACAAUACCAUUACAGUACAAAACCAUUAUUGCAAUACCAUAAUCCAUUAUAUGUUGAUGAAAACUGCUGAAAUGUUGGGGUCACAGACAAACUUGUGUAUUACUUGUGCAUAUUUUCUCUCUUAUUUAUAUCUGUAACCUUUAUUCUAGCCAUCUGAAUAUAGUUUAAAUACUAUGUAGCAACUGUUACAGAACAAGAGAUCAACACAGCACUGUUAUAAGAUACCGUUACUUUUACAAUUACUGUAAUAAAUCAUUAUUACUACAA